AUGACUGAGGGCUGGGUUUUGAGGUGUGACAAUGCAAAGGGAUUGAAAGCCUUCUAUGAUGCAAUAAAGUAUGGGCCCAACCAUUUGAUGGUGUUUGGAGGCGUCUGUCCGUCUGUUACAUCUAUCAUCGCUGAGUCCCUCCAAGGCUGGAAUCUGGUGCAGCUUUCCUUCGCUGCCACCACGCCUGUUCUUGCGGAUAAGAAGAAGUACCCAUAUUUCUUCCGGACUGUGCCCUCUGACAACGCGGUGAACCCAGCCAUCCUGAAGCUGCUGAAGCACUUCCGGUGGCGGCGCGUGGGUACACUGACGCAGGACGUGCAGCGCUUCUCCGAGGUGAGGAAUGACCUGACUGGGGUUCUGUACGGGGAGGACAUCGAGAUCUCAGACACAGAGAGCUUCUCCAAUGAUCCCUGCACCAGUGUCAAAAAGCUCAAGGGGAAUGAUGUGCGGAUCAUCCUUGGCCAGUUUGACCAGCACAUGGCAGCGAAAGUCUUCUGUUGUGCCUUUGAGGAGAGCAUGUUCGGCAGUAAGUACCAGUGGAUCAUCCCAGGCUGGUACGAGCCUGCAUGGUGGGAACAGGUGCACGUGGAGGCCAACUCCUCACGCUGCCUGCGCAGGAGCCUCCUGGCCGCCAUGGAGGGCUACAUCGGAGUGGACUUUGAGCCCCUGAGCUCCAAACAGAUCAAGACCAUCUCAGGGAAGACUCCACAGCAAUAUGAAAGAGAAUACAACAGCAAGCGCUCAGGUGUGGGGCCCAGCAAGUUCCAUGGGUAUGCCUAUGAUGGCAUCUGGGUCAUCGCCAAGACACUGCAGAGAGCCAUGGAGACACUGCAUGCCAGCAGCAGGCACCAGCGGAUCCAGGACUUCAACUACACAGACCACACGCUGGGCAGGAUUAUCCUCAAUGCCAUGAACGAAACCAACUUCUUCGGGGUCACGGGUCAAGUUGUGUUCCGGAACGGAGAGAGAAUGGGAACCAUUAAAUUUACUCAAUUUCAAGACAGCAGAGAAGUGAAGGUGGGCGAGUACAACGCAGUGGCUGACACACUGGAGAUCAUCAAUGAUACCAUCAGGUUCCAGGGGUCUGAGCCACCCAAGGACAAGACCAUCAUCCUGGAGCAGCUUCGAAAGAUCUCCCUCCCGCUAUAUAGCAUCCUGUCAGCCCUCACCAUCCUUGGCAUGAUCAUGGCCAGCGCCUUCCUCUUCUUCAACAUCAAGAACCGGAACCAGAAGCUGAUCAAGAUGUCAAGUCCAUACAUGAACAACCUCAUCAUCCUUGGUGGAAUGCUGUCCUACGCAUCCAUCUUCCUCUUCGGCCUCGAUGGGUCCUUCGUCUCAGAAAAGACCUUUGAAACUCUCUGCACGGUCCGGACCUGGAUUCUCACCGUGGGCUACACAACCGCCUUUGGGGCCAUGUUUGCAAAGACCUGGAGGGUCCAUGCCAUCUUCAAAAAUGUGAAGAUGAAGAAGAAGAUCAUCAAAGACCAGAAGCUGCUUGUGAUUGUGGGGGGCAUGCUGCUCAUCGAUCUGUGCAUCCUGAUCUGCUGGCAGGCCGUGGACCCCCUGCGGAGGACGGUGGAGAGGUACAGCAUGGAGCCGGACCCAGCAGGCCGGGACAUCUCCAUCCGCCCACUGCUGGAACACUGCGAAAACACCCACAUGACCAUCUGGCUCGGCAUCGUCUACGCCUACAAGGGGCUCCUCAUGCUGUUUGGUUGUUUCCUAGCAUGGGAAACACGCAACGUAAGCAUCCCUGCCCUCAAUGACAGCAAGUACAUUGGGAUGAGUGUGUACAACGUGGGGAUCAUGUGCAUCAUUGGGGCAGCUGUCUCCUUCCUGACCCGGGACCAGCCCAACGUGCAGUUCUGCAUCGUGGCCUUGGUCAUCAUCUUCUGCAGCACCAUCACUCUCUGUCUGGUGUUUGUGCCAAAGCUCAUCACUCUGAGGACAAACCCUGACGCAGCCACCCAGAACAGGCGAUUCCAGUUCACACAGAACCAGAAGAAAGAAGACUCAAAGACCUCCACUUCAGUCACCAGCGUGAACCAGGCAAGCACAUCACGCCUAGAAGGACUGCAGUCAGAAAACCACCGCCUACGGAUGAAGAUCACAGAGCUGGACAAAGACUUGGAAGAAGUCACCAUGCAGCUACAAGACACACCAGAGAAGACCACAUACAUCAAGCAGAAUCACUACCAAGAACUCAACGACAUCCUCAGCCUGGGAAACUUCACAGAGAGCUCAGAUGGAGAAAAGGCCAUUUUAAAAAAUCACCUUGAUCAAAACCCCCAGCUACAGUGGAACACAUCAGAUCCCUCUAGAACAUGCAAAGAUCCCAUAGAAGACAUCAACUCCCCAGAACACAUCCAGCGCCGGCUGUCCCUCCAGCUCCCGAUCCUCCACCACGCCUACCUCCCGUCCAUUGGAGGCGUGGACGCCAGCUGUGUCAGCCCCUGCGUCAGCCCUACCGCCAGCCCCCGCCACAGACAUGUGCCACCUUCUUUCCGAGUCAUGGUCUCGGGCCUGUAG